GCCGAGGGGGCUCCGUGGACUGGCGCCAAGAUGAUGCUCUCGAGGGCCAAACCUGCUGUAGGCGGGGAGCUCCCGCAAUCGAGCAAAAGGAAGAAGAAAGGUAGGAAGAUUCCAAAGCUAGAGGAGCUCCUUUCCCAGCGGGAUUUCACAGGCGCUAUUACCCUUUUGGAGUUCAAACGUCACGUGGGGGAGGAAGAGGAGGACACUAACCUGUGGAUGGGCUAUUGUGCCUUCCACCUGGGCGACUACAAGAGGGCCCUGGAGGAUUUCUGA